AUGUACGGCCUCAAACAGUUGUCGAUUCUGAGCUUGAUGCUUCUUUCUGCAUCCGCAACCAAGAGCGUCAAACGAACUAUUGUGCGUAUUUCACUCUUGUUUCUGUCAGAAAUUGCUAACAAGACCACCCAGGUUGGCAUUGAAACAGCUGAAAAGAGUCGUGGUGUUGAUGUACCAUUGAAUGAUUGCCAUCCGAUUGAAGAAGAGUCAGUUCAUUUUCCAACCACGUCUCACCUGAAACUAAUAAGCCCCAGGGAUGUUCUCACUGUCUCGCUGAGAAAACCUUGCCGUCUUUUCACAACAGUGGACCCGAAUGUACCGGUCAUAACACGCUCUUGGGCCCUGGUGACCACUCUUCAAAAGAACCGAUACCCGUGGUGGAGUCGAUAUUCUGUCAGUCGUCAUUCUGAGGGAUAG